AUGUGGCGCCGAGCCGGACCGAUCUGCCUCCACCUCGCCGGAAUCGCCGGCCGCCGCAUCCGACGACCCCCACAGCCUCCUGCUCCCACAGCCACCUGCUCUAGCUCCGCCUUCGCUUCAUCCUCUUUCCACCACAAUCUUGGAACCUUUCGGGAUUCCAUCGGAGUUCCUCCCUCUCGAAGCCUAUCGAACCAGGCAGGAGGUGAUGGCGGCAUUGGCGGCGAGUGCUGGAGUUGUGGCGCCAAGGGGGCAUUCCUCUCCUGCGGGUCCUGCAGGAGUGUGCAGCCCGUUGAUCCUGCGGUCGACUACUUCCGAAUAUUUGGCCUGGACAGAGGAUAUGACGUAAAGGAUACCAACUUAGAAGGAAAGUACAAAGACUGGCAGAAGAAGUUACAUCCUGACCUUGUUCAUUCUAAAUCAGAGAAAGAGAGAGAUUUUGCGGCCGGGCAGUCAGCACUUGUCAUUGAGGCAUAUCGCACACUGAGCAAACCUUUACCAAGGGCAUUGUACUUGGCUUUUCAACCAUACCAAACCAUUUGGCAGCUGCAACUUGAGGGGAUACACGUUGAUGAGGAGAAGACUAUCAAUGAUCCAGAACUUCUUAUGGAGAUGAUGGAGAUACGCGAAGCAGUUAGCGAAGCCGGUGAUUCGCAAACUCUGAAGAAGAUCCAAUCUCAGAUGAAGAGUAAGCUCGAAACCUGGGCCAAAUCCUUCCAGGAAGCGUUCAACAAGAGGGACUUCGACGGCGCCGUGGAAGCUACACAGAGGAUGAGAUACUAUGAACGUGCUAUGGAAGAAACUGUGAAGAAGCUUUGA